AUGACGACCUCAACGACGACAACGGGAAAGCGAGUAUGCUUCUCUCCGACAGUUCAAGCAGCCAGUGCGGGACCCCUGCCCUUUGAUGAAGUCAAGGAGCUUUGGUACAAUCGAACGGAGUUGAUUACCUUUAAAUCGAAAGCGAAACAAGUCAUUUCUCAAUCUGGACUGACUGUUGCAGACCCAGAACUGAGAGGCUUGGAACAUUGCACAGCAGACCGCCAAAAACACAAAUUCAUGAGCAUUCGAUGCACGAUUAGCGCUGCAAGACGAGGAUUGGGAGAGGAACAUGUGGCUUCCAUUUCUCAACGAUGCACAGCCUGGAAUCAGCAGAAUGCCUUUCUGCAAGGUUGUCACGAUUAUUGUAACGUUUACAAACCAGCCAUGGCCUCUUCGAUUCCAGAAAUGACCAACACACCACCUGCCUUUCCCUUUGCCAUGCGCAAACGAGUCGUCACGGCGGAUGCUACUGCGAUUGCUUCGACUUUUACACGAAGAGUACGAAGGCGAGUGGCUUCCACCUUGUGA